GUCCGUUUGGGGUCUCCUUGGAAAAAAAACAUGGUCGGUAAAAGAUGGAGAUUCUUGUGAAGUGUUACCCCACUGUUCUGAGACUGGAUGCAUGGCUGAAGCAGAAGGACCAAUAUGGAUUUCUUACUACCGAUGAAAGUGAUCUCCCUUUGCUGACCUCGGUGUUUGUUUGUUUCCAUGGUGACGUCCCAGCAUUUACUUGGACAUCCCUCUCUCAGGGCAGAUCUCUUCAUGACCUGUUGAUGGCAGCUGUAGAGAAACUGCUUCGAAGGAAUUCCCCUGGUGGAAACUUACUGACUACAGGCUUCUACUUUUUGUCUUCCAAUCCAAAUACAGUGUAUUGUGGGAACAACUUGGAAAGCAGGUACCCUAACUCCCUUGUCAACAGGCUUCACUUCAGUCAGUGGCAACAGCUUCUAGACAGAGUAGGAGACUCAGUGCUUGCCUACUUAUUUGAGUCGGCAUCUAUGUACCAGGAGAUACAAGGGGCUUGCUUUGUGCAGCUGACAGGCACCCCCCUGUACAAUUCUGAACUUCCAGACACUGAAGGUCAACAUGUGGUAAAGCAAGGAAAAAAACAAAAACAAAUCAACAAUAGUUUCACUCAUGGUGGGACAUCAGACUCUGAGCACAAACAACAAAAAAGAGAUUCUGAACUGCAAAGAAACAAAAUAACGAGAGAAAGACGCAAACCAGUAUUGAAGAGAACAAAGAAAGGAAAACAAGAGACGAAAAAACAGGAAAGACCAAAUGGCUUAAGUUUGAACACAACCAAGAUUGAUUGUGUUGAACUUUUGAUGCAGACUGUGGGUUCAUAUGAUCACAAAGAUAUUGGUAACAUUAUUUUAAAUGUCCUACCUAAUGAGUUUCCCCUGGUUAUAAAUGAAGAUUAUUUGACUAAUGUUCAGAUGGUUCAUGAUCAGGUAGAUAGCCAAGUUGAGAAUGGAGGACAGAUUUUGGCAAGUAACCAUGAACAUGAGUUUACAGCCAUUAAAAUAAAUAAUUUGACAAAAAGAGGGCUAGUUGAGCCAUUUAGUUGUCAAAGUACAUGUACAGAUAAGAUGGAAGGUAGCAAAACAACAGAAAUGAAAAGCGUACAUGAAAAACGUGGUACCCAGAGUUUGAAGAGGAAACGAUUUGACAGCAAUUAUGAAAAGCAACAAAGGAUAGGAACAAAAGAGCCAUGUUUACGAAAGGAAGAUGUCAUACCCGUAAAAGAAACUCCUGCUUUCAAGACACAUGAUUAUCUGCAGGUCAGGGUAGGGACCAGCGGUGUACAUGUAGAUGCCAUUAGUGCAGUGGGAAAAAGGACGAAAAGGAAUGCAGUGUGCCCAGUGAACCAUACCUACCGAUCAACUCAGGCCAUUGACAGGAAGUGCAUCUUAUAUGUGAGGAAUGUCAGAGAGAAGUUUCCCAAGUCAGCUGCUUUGUCGAGACUAGGGGACACCAGUGGUUCCCAGCUGUUUAGUGAGGUGUUUACAGUGCUAGAAGCCACUGAGGGGACAAAGACAAGAGUUGUGGAACUGCUGUCGGAGUUUGGAAGGAAGUUCAGGAAAGGCCCAACAAGAACUAUAUUGACCGCACUUUGCCCUUUGAAUAAGAAUGCUACAGGGAAUUCAGUGUUGACCAGCAAAGGUUGCAAUAUUUCCAAACUGUUGCACGGUCAUCAUCACCACAGACAGGUGUAUUUGUUUGUACGAGCUUGCAUCCUCCGCAUGUUACCAGAGGAGCUAAUUGGCGGAAGGCAUAACAGAAACGUUCUGCUGAAAAAUGUAUCCAAAGUUAUCUCCCUUGGCAAGUAUGACAAGAUGUCCCUGGGCCAACUGAUGUCGGGAAUAAAGACAAAGAACGUUCAGUGGCUGCUGUCAGUAGAGUGUAACCGUUGCAGACUGGAUCUCAUGUCCAGACUGGUUCACUGGAUCAUCACCCAGUUUGUGUUUGUCCUGCUGCGCACGCACUUCUACAUCACUGAUACGACCUUCCUGCGAUACAGACUGGUUUACUACAGGCAGGCCACUUGGACUAGGCUGCACAUUCUGGGAUUGACUGGCUUACUUCGUAGAAAGAUAAUGAGCCCAGUUUCAGAGAUGUUUGUGAGAAACCUGGUAUCUUCUCGGGCAGGCCUUGGCAUAUCUACGCUGCGCUUUCUGCCCAAACAGAAGUCACUGAGACCUAUAGUGAAUAUGGGAUGUCCUGCUAGGAUACUGUCCACUCAGCCCUACCUGUCUGUGAACCAGCAGCUCAAGGAUCUCCAUAAGGUGCUCACACAUCUAAAAGACAGGACACCCAGGCUGGUUGGGUCUGGCAAAUUGGGCAUGAACGAUAUCCACGCCUCCUGGGCCCAGUAUAUGGCAAUCUGGAGACAGGGCGGGGCCAGGAAGUUGUAUUUUGUUAAGACAGACAUCUCUAACUGCUAUGAUUCCAUCAUCCAAGAGAAAUUGGUGCAGAUUAUGGAAUCUAUUAUCAAAGAGGAGUUGCAGGAGGAGUGUGUGGUUCGCAAAUAUUUCACCUUCUCCCUGCAAGGUGGUCAGGUGCGCAAGACAUACCAGAGACAUGCAGCCCAGCUUUCUAACUUCAUUCAGGAUUUCACAAAUUUUGCAAAAUCACAGGUCAUUGAGAAAAAUUUGCAUGGUGUUGUCUUCGUAGAUAAGGUCCUCUACCAGCAUUUAUCAGCCGAGACAGUGCUACAAAUUCUAAGGAGCCACAUUUUCAACAAUAUUGUGAAGGUAGGCAGGCAGUAUUACCUACAGAAUGAGGGUAUCAGCCAGGGCUCUAUUCUAUCCACCCUGCUUUGUAAUUUCUACUACGCGUGCAUGGAGCAUGACCACAUUGCCCUGCAGAGUGACGAGCUGCUUAUGAGGGUUGUCGAUGACUACCACUUUGUGUCUCCCUCCUUGGAAAGGGCCACUGGCUUCCUCAGGACAAUGCUGGCUGGGAUCAAGGACUAUAACUGUCAUACCAAUGUUGACAAAGUCAUGAGUAACUUCUCUUGUUGCAGUGUGGUAAAAAACCAGUCCAUUGAGUACAUUGAAACAGGCUGGUUUCCAUGGUGUGGACUUCUGUUCAACAUGCAGACACUGGAAGUGGCUAUGGACUAUACCAGAUAUGCGGGCGCAAGUAUUAAAGACACAAUGACUUUUGAUUUUGUAAGGGAACCUGGAAAGACAUUCAAAAGGAAAUUGAUUGGCUCCUUGCGUCAGAAGUGUCAUGACAUGUUCCUGGACCCUGCAGUUAACAGUCCCAGUCAGAUCUUCACCAGUGUCUACCAUCUUUUUCUACUUACAAUUUGA